GUCAGAAACGGAGUCAGGGGGGGUUGUUCGUGGAAGGAACCCGAAUCAGCGAUUCCGGAAGUCGCAGCUUAUAAAUUUCGCUGAGCUAUCGGUCAAUAGUGGGUCAGCCGUGCUCUCGCAAGCAGAAGUGAGUUUUGCGGGAGCUGCCGUCCAAUAGUCCCGGACUCGGAAAGAUAUCUCACGCCGAUUUCCAGAGCGCAGCCAUGGCACCGUGGAAGAGAAACCGAGUUCAUUCAACCCUCGUCGGGGACAAGGCCAAGCGUUCCGAACUCCGAGCCGCUCCGACGGGCCCCGCGGAUUUACGCAAGCAGAUUCUCCGGGUAGAGCUCGAGAACAUCGAUGAUUCCAAUCAAUGGGCUCCACAGGCAGGUUCCAGACCAGACUCCAAGCGGAACCAUGGGCGGAAACCCGUCCAGGAUCCGAAGUUGAAUGGAAAACUCAUCCCUUCAGUCACCUUAGAGAAAUCAGCUAGUCUGGCGAAUCUCGCGGAAAGAGGGACGACGCUGUCGAGCUGGAGCCCGCCGUCAGCUUCCGAUGGUGAUAUCAGUCCGAGUCGGAUUCUUCGCACAAAAAACACGGGAGCCCGCAAGAGUUCGGUAGUGAACGGAUCUUCGCGAAUGGGAAAGCGCGCCAUAGGAUCUAGGAAACCAAUCGAAUACCCGGAAACGCUUCACCAUGUGACCGCCGACUGCAAACUUAACGGAGGUGUGGCUCCCCUCGUUGUGCUCAGGAGACUCGACAUGAGAGAGAUAUCGGACGAGGAUCUUCUCCCGGAGGAAUCGCAUUACUCAGUACAAAACUACAUAGCUAGAAGCGAUUCCGGAUUCCGAAGUAUCUCACGCACAACAACUCACAGAACCAGAGCGAUUCGAGAGCGGAAAGCACCCGGCAGACCUAGAAGAUCCGUACCACACCAGGAUCCGAAAGUUCAAAAAUUUCGACCAGUCCCCGAUAAUGAGAAAAAAUUGUAUGACGAAUUCCGUCUGAAGCAGGUCGCCGUCAGGCUGACGAAACUGCCGCUCUUGAUUCAAUAGUCGAAUUUCGGGGUGAACAAUGAUGCGUAAGCGUAUUCGCAUCACGUGGAGACAUACAUACAUGUGAGAGCUCUCAUAUACGGCUCCGGAUGAUCUCGUGUGCGCGAUGUCCCCUGCUCGCCAAAGAAGAAUAUUUAGUUUAAGAAAAUGAUCGCAUCGGAUCAGUUGAAUUCGAUGACGGAUCCAUGCCCGCUCCCGUUCGGCUGUGAAUUGUUGCGUCGUUGAUAAAGAGCCGAAUGGUUUCGCGCGAUCGUCGGUUUUCCAUGACUGGUAAAAAUGUUGCACAAUCCCGCUUUGUGGGAGGCGUUCUAUAUGAAUUAACAGGUACUCGCCCUCGCGAGAGGGUGCAUUCUUGCGAGAAUAAAAUGGAAU